AUCAAAUACUGGAUCUAGUUGGCUUUACUUUUACACGUUUAAAUUAAAUCUGCCAUUUCUGCCAUUAACUAUUACAAAUCCAAUUCUAAAAUAUGUUUAAAACGAUUUCCUCUCAUGAUUUCUCAUGGUUUUUCUUUAUCUUCGGCACAAAGCCCACAUGGCUUGCCCUGGGUCUUUUGUUUCUUGGAACGCUUGUGAGACCUUAUGCAGAGGCACCUUUCCAGUGCUUGCUCCAUAUGAUUUUUAAAACAGUUUGCAAAAUGAUGAUCAAAUAUUUCGACUACAAUCCGGUGAAACCAAAGCGUCGACUCUUGCACGUAAACAAGAAGAUAUUGGUAGUGGAUUUGAGGGCAUUAGUACAUCUCGAAUUCGUACGUUGUACAUGCAAGCCACGGGAGAGUGGCUUGUGCGGUGUGCCCUUUGACUUUGAGAUCGAAGUACCCGACUACCAGUUCACAUUGCAAGUCUACAAGCGUCCCUUUCUCGAUCACUUUCUAGAGAGUGUUGCCAAAAUGUACUCGCUCGUCAUAUACACCGAAGAGAGGAGCAGCUAUGCAACGACCGUUCUUGACUAUUUGGAUGCCGAUCGACACAUACUGGAGCGACGCUUGUUGUGUUAUCGCAUCUCACUUCUGUACUCUGGACCAAAAUCUGUGUACAUUUCGAUGGGUUUUCCACAUUUAAAAGAAUUUUUAAUGGUAGAUGCCACCACCCUCGGCUGUUGCAAUCAUAUUUAUAUCAAGAAAUACACCGUCGGCGAAUGGGAUAUGCGUUUACGGUACCUAUUGAUCGUCUUGGACUGCCUGCGCUUUGUCCAGGAUGUGGAUGCUGUCUUGAAAAGUAGCAAAUUAUUGGCAUGGUGCCUCAAGUGCCUCAAAUAAAGGGAAAGU